UUUCCAUUGGAACCUCCCUUCUUUUCAACCCAAGAAGCCAUCUCCACCGCUGCCCCCCAUUCUCCUCUUAGCUUCUCUUCUUCUCUUGUCUUCCUUCUUUCACCAGUACUUCUAAUGGAUUUGGUUUCUCCCACCGAGCAUUUAUGCUACGUCCGUUGCACCUACUGCAACACUGUUCUUGCGGUCGGGGUGCCAUGCAAACGGCUUAUGGACACUGUGACUGUGAAAUGUGGCCACUGUAAUCAUCUCUCCUUCCUUAGCCCCAGACCCAUGGUGCAGUCCCUUUGCCCCACCGACCACCCGAUGGCAUUUCAGGGUUCCUGCAAUGACUGUAGGAGGGGUCAGCCUUUGCUACCACCUUCAUCCACAUCAAGCGAACAAAUGAUCCCCAAAGCACCAUUUGUUGUGAAACCUCCAGAGAAGAAACACCGACUUCCGUCAGCUUACAAUCGCUUCAUGAAGGAGGAAAUACAGCGUAUAAAAGCUGCCAAACCAGACAUUCCUCAUCGAGAAGCAUUUAGCAUGGCUGCAAAGAAUUGGGCUAAGUGCGAUCCACGCUGCUCAACAAGUGUUUCAACCCCGGAAAACACUGGAGCAGUAAGAACAGUAACCCUUCCCCUUGAAAGAGAAAAUAGCCUUACAGUGGAACGUUUUGAUGUUUUCGAGCAAUUGGAGCGCAAAGACUAGGUUCCUAAGCUCUUUAAAUUACCUAAUCAACACAUCAAACCUUUUCUCUUUCUUGAAUUGAUGUGUUUUAUGGUGUAUGCUUUUUGGUGGAAAUCUUCCCUAUGUUAUAUGAAACUCUGGUAUAUAGUAGUAUGUGGUAAUUGAUGUUAUGAUUUGGAACCA